AUGCGUGGGACCCGCACUGUGCUCCAGCCUCUCCAGAGCUUGCUUUCACCAGACCUCCUAUUGUUCGGGCAGCACAAGUCCACUUCAACAGAGCCCCUGGGAGGUGCUGCAGCUGCCCUGUGCCUGCUCAAGCGCACAAAAGAGGCUUUUCAAAGCGCACUGGUGCAGGGCGCCAUGCCAUGCGCCGACAGUUUGGGUGGACCACCGUGCUGCCGGCAAGGCAGUGGCCCCUGGCACUUGACCACGGUCCCGCUGUGCAUGCAACACAUGGCUGCCGUGUUGGCUUGGGUGCAGAAGCUGAACGGAACAGGGCGGUGCCUGCGGUUCAUGGGUUCCCGUCCUGUGGGCGGGUGCUGUGGGCGGGUCCUGGAGCUCCGCUCGCUCGCGGUGCGGUGCCAUCUGCGGUUGCCGGAGGGUGAGAGCCCUGGGCGCCCUUCCUGCGCCCUGGGCCGCUGGAGCCCCGCAUCUCCACUGCGGAUUUCGGGCAGAGUGCAGGGGGCGACGGCAGGCCUGUUUUGGAAGACGCAGGUCCUGUGGUCCUUACUCAGCCCAUCCCACCGCCCUGCAGACCUCUCCAGCGCCCAAAGCCUUCGUUCAUGCUCUGAGACGACUGUUACUGGAACCACGGAUCCUGCGGUGUUAGUGGAAGCCACGGUGGAAGAACGGGACUGUCCUGUCUGUCUGACCUUCCUCAGGGAGCCUGUGAGCACCAGCUGUGGCCACACUUUCUGCCACAGCUGUCUCUCUGGACUCUGGGAGCUCCCAGGAGAAGCCCAGAAUCUAGACUACACCUGCCCCCUUUGUGGAGCACCUGUGCAGCCGAGGAAACUACAUCCCAAUUGGCAGCUGGCCGGUGUCAUAGAGAAAGUCCGUCUGCUAGGGUUCUGUAUGGAAAUGGGACUAAAGACUGACGUGUGUGAGCUCCAGGAGCCGCUGACAAUGUCCUGCAAAGAGGGUGCUGUAUUAACCUGUGAGGCCUGCAACCAGUCCACAGAGCACGAAGCACACAGUACUGUUCCCAUAAAGGAUGUUGCCUGGGAAUAUAAGUGGAAACUCCAGGAGGCUCUGGAACAUCUAAGAAAAGAGCAAGAAGAAGCCUGGAAGCUAGAAGUCAGCGAGAAGGAACGAGCUGCCAGCUGGAAGACACAGAUGGAAACGCGCGAGUGAAAGUAUCGGCAGCUCUUAAAGGAAAAAGAGCUGCCGUGUGGGCGGGCAGAAGAGGAGGCAGCUGCGGCUCAGGCUAGGCUGGAGCAGGAGAAGGGAGAAACGGCCAACACGCUGGAGGGGAGGCGCCAGAAGAUCGCCCAGCAGAGCCGGGCCGUGCGGAGGAUGAUUGCAGAGCUGGAAGAAAGGUCCCAGAGACCCGUGCGCUGGAUGCUGCAGGGUAUUCAGGAAGCCGUGAACAGGAGCAAAUCUUGGAGCCUGCAGCGGCCAGAACCAAUCUCCUUGGAGCUGAUGGCAGAUUGCCGUGUUGUAGGACUAAGCGAGAUCCUGAAGACGUGUGCAGUUGACGUGCGCCUAGAUCCGGACACAGCUUACUCACGCCUUGUCGCGUCCAAGGACAGGAAAAGCGUGCGCUAUGGAGUCACCCAGCAGAACCUGCCUGACAAUCCGGAGAGAUUUUACCGCUACAACGUUGUCCUGGGCAGCCAAUGCAUCUCCUCUGGCCGACACUACUGGGAGGUAGAGGUUGGAGACAGGUCUGAAUGGGGCCUGGGGGUGUGCAUGGAGAAUGUAGACCGGAAGGAGGUGGUCUAUUUAUCCCCUCACUAUGGCUUCUGGGUGAUAAGGCUGAGGAACGGAACAGAGUACCGGGCAGGCACGGAUGGAUAUCCCCUCCUGCCUGUGUCAGUCCCUCCACACCGGGUGGGAGUCUUCCUAGAUUAUGAGGCUCACGAUGUCUCCUUCUACAAUGCGACUGAUGGUGGCUCCCACACUUCCACCUUCCCCCGUCACCCCUUCCCAGGCCGCCUCCUGCCCUAUUUCCGUCCUUGCUACAGCAUUGGCACUAACAACACCACCCCCUCACCAUUGUACCCUGGGCGGGGAAAGCUAGGAGAGCCACCAAAUAACCUAAUGUUGGAGUUUGGCCUGGUACCCAGGGCUGUUGGAGGAUGCCUCCAUGGACCCAGCCUAGAACCCAAGGGCCUCUUGGUCCUACCUCAUAGUAUCUUGGUAUCAGACCAAAGCGUCAGUGCCUCUCUCAGAAAAACAGCCCUAGCCAGAUAA